UUCUCAUUCCUUGCAGCUGGCGAGCAGGAUAACUCGGACAACAACACCAUCUUUGUUCAGGGACUUGGUGAAAAUGUAACCAUUGAGUCGGUAGCAGAUUACUUCAAGCAGAUUGGCAUCAUAAAGACAAACAAGAAAACAGGACAGCCUAUGAUCAACCUGUACACUGAUCGCGAGACAGGAAAACUGAAAGGAGAGGCCACUGUUUCCUUUGACGAUCCCCCAUCUGCAAAGGCUGCCAUUGACUGGUUUGAUGGAAAAGAAUUCUCAGGCAACCCUAUCAAAGUAUCAUUUGCUACCCGGAGGGCAGACUUCAACAGAGGCGGUGGUGGUGGCAAUGGCCGUGGAGGAAGAGGCCGUGGCGGUAGAGGAGGACCCAUGGGCCGUGGUGGAUUUGGUGGCGGCGGAGGUGGCGGCAGCAGCAGUGGUUCCAGCGGGGGCAGCAGGGGGGGCUUCCCCAGCGGAGGAGGUGGUCAGCAACGUGCAGGAGACUGGAAAUGCCCCAACCCGACAUGUGAAAAUAUGAACUUCUCAUGGCGUAAUGAAUGCAACCAGUGCAAGGCACCAAAGCCAGAUGGGCCCGGAGGACCACACAUGGGAGGUGGAUUUGGUGAAGAACGACGCGGGGGCCGAGGAGGUUUUGACAGAGGUGGCUUCCGGGGAGGCAGGGGCGGAGACCGGGGAGGAUUCAGAGGCGGAAGGGGCGGAGACAGAGGCAGCUUUGGACCAGGAAAAAUGGAUUCGAGAGGGGACCACAGGCAGGACCGGCGCGAGAGACCCUAUUGAGCCUGCAUAGGAUCCCAGACCAUGUGAAUUUAUAAACUUUUUUUAUUUUGUAUGAUGUCCAACUUCGUUGCAAACCUGUGUAUUCCUUGCUGCGUUUGUGUACAAACUUUGUAUUCCCUCUAUUUUAUGUUGACUGUAUU